AUGCCUCACGCGUUCAAGCAAUCUCUCGACGACCUCUGCUGCCUGAAUCUGAUUGGCUCCCGAAACGCCACGCUCGAGGCGCCUCGGAGCAGCAACCGAGCCGCGCAAAAUAAAAUCUUUGACGAUUUCUCCUGCUUAGGGUUAGGUCUUGAGGACGAAUCCGACGGUCUGUUUCGGUCUGCGCCGCAAAGCCGCUCCGUUUCCCCCCCGCCCGCCUUCCCCCCUCCGCUCGCCGUUUCCCCGCCGCUGGACCCAGCGCGCGCGGCUCCAAGCAGCGCGCCCGGCGCGCAGGACUCCGCAUUCAGCGCCGCGCUUGCCGCCGCCACUGGCGCCGCCGUCAAAAGCUCGUCUGCAGCCUUCGCGGAUCAACUCCCCCAACUCCCGCGCUCCGCCUUCCCGCCUUUCCCUGCUAAUGUCCCCGCUGUUCCGCUCCCACCUUCCCGCCCCUCCUCCUCGUCCUCUCUCCCCUCUUACCCGCUUUCCCGCGAGUCGCUGCUGCGACGCCCGACGCGAAUUAUAUUAGUGCGACACGGGCAGAGCGAGGGGAACUUGGACGAGGGGAUUUACACCCGAAUCGCGGACUCGCGCGUGUCUUUAACGCCUCUAGGGUUCGAGCAGGCCGUGGAAUGCGGCAAGCAGAUUCGGAAAUUAAUCGAAUUCGAUCGGCGGAAAGGGGGGAAGCAGGGGAGAGGUGGGGAAGGGGGGAAGGAGGGGAGGCGGAACGCAGGAGGGGGUGACUCUGGCGAGGGUGAUUAUAACAGAGACGAGGAGGAGGAUGACUGGGGGGUGUAUUUCUACGUAUCCCCGUACCUGCGAACUCUUCAGACCCUCCGGGGCAUUGGGCGUGCGUUUGACAGGCGGCACAUUUUGGGAACCCUGCAGGGCAUAGGGCGUGCGUUUGACAGGCGGCACAUUUUGGGAGUUAGGGAGGAGCCUCGGCUGAGGGAGCAAGACUUUGGAAACUUCCAGGUGCCAGCGUGCAUGCGGCAGAUUAAGGAUGUGAGGCAGCUCGAGCAUGCCAGGCGACAUCCCUUGCACUCUUCACCAUCUCACCUAACCCCACUGUGGCAAACCAUUCUUCACCACUCGUCACCACCCCGCACUGCACCCCACCACCAGGUGCAGGAGCGCAUGAGGCAGAUUAAGGACAUGAGGCAGCGGUUUGGACGGUUCUUCUACCGGUUCCCUGAGGGGGAGUCGUCCGCUGACGUGUACGACCGCGUGACUGGUAGGCAGUUCGAGGGGCUGCUGAAUCCGGGCAACUGUGAAAUCAGAGUCAUGGAGAUGGGAGAAGGGGGGAAAUACAGCCUGGCUGUGCGGCACUCAGAAUACGAGCUGUUUUCGUGGGGGUUGACGCCAGACAUGAUUGCAGGUGAGCCGGGUUCCGGGCAGUUCGAGGGGCUGUUGAACCCGGGGAAAUGUGAGAUCCGGGUGAUGGAGAUGGGGGAGGGGGGGAAGUACAGCCUGGCAGUGCGGCACUCGGAAUACGAGCUCUUCUCACAGUUUGAGGGGCUGCUGAAUCCGGGCAACUGCGAGAUACGGGUGAUGGAGAUGGGAGAAGGGGGGAAAUACAGCCUGGCAGUGCGGCAUUCAGAAUACGAGCUCUUCUCGUGGGGACUCACCCCAGACAUGAUUGCAGGACCACCCCCUUCCGCCGCUGCUGCAGCAAUGACGCCCGCUGCAGUGCCUGCUGCAGCGACCCCUCAUGCUGCUGCAGGAGCAGCAGCACCGGUUUGUUUCUCUGCAUGA